UAAUAUAAUACGCGGCUUCCCCGCCCUAUUUUAUUAGUUCACUCGGUUGCUACAUUCGUCUAUGACGUGUGACGCGGCGGGAAAAUAUUCCAAUUUUAAAAAUAUUUUUUUUACGUAGAUAAUAGAUUUUUUUAAAUUGUGAUUCUCGUAAUAUUAUUGAAACAAGAUGUCACGGUUAAACGUGGUGAUAUUCGGCGCUACGGGUCUCGCUGGGAAGCAGGUGGUCGUCCACUUGGCGAGGCUCUCCAAGAAGUAUGACUUUGGCACCUGGGGAGUCGCUGGACGGUCUCAGGCGAAGCUCAGCGCUCUGAUGGCAGAAAUCUCUAAAGAAACUGGCGAAGACCUAUCCGCCAUCAAGCUGAUAGUAGCAGAUGUCGGUGACGAGAAGUCGCUCCGUGAGAUGUGCGCGCAGACCAAUGUGCUGAUCAACUGCUGCGGCCCCUACCGCCUGUACGGGGAGCCUGUCGUCAAGGCCGCCGUCGAGAGCAAGACCAACUAUGUGGAUAUUACUGGGGAACCACAGUUUAUGGACCUCAUGCAGAUUCGUUACGAUGAGAAGGCUCGCGAGGCGGGAGUGUUCGUGAUCAGCGCGUGUGGCUUCGACAGUAUCCCAGCUGAUAUGGGCGUCACCUUCCUCAAACAAAACUUUAAAGGAACAUUGAACUCCAUAGACUCGUACCUCAGCAUGUACUUACCCCCCGAAGUUCACGCAGAAGCGGAUGAACAUGGAGUCAUAGGCACUGGCACCUGGGAGUCAUUUGUAUAUGGUGCUGCAUUUAUAAAUGAAAUGCCGAGACUUCGUAAGGCUCUGUUCCCCGAACCAGCGCCGCAGAUGAAACCUGUCGUCAAACAAAAGAGCAUGACCAAAAAAGAUGACCAAUGGUACCUCGAGUUUCCCGGAGCUGACGAAUCAGUAGUAUACCGAACGCAGCAGUUUCUCUACCAGAACGAACAACAACGCCCCGUGCAGUUCAACGCUUACUUCAAGACUGGGUCUUUCUGGCGGUCCAUGGGCGUCGCAAUGAGAGCUCUAACUGUACUGGUCAUGUCUAGGAGCGAGUGUACAAGGAAAUAUUUGUUGAAUAAUCCGAAGUACUGGUCAGGGGGGUAUGUGACAAAGGAAGGCCCCACUGCUAAUGUUACGAAUAACUCGAACUUCACUUUCGAGAUGGUUGGCCAAGGAUGGCCCGAGGGAGCUGAUGUUGAAAAGACGCUGCCCACCAAAACUGUUGUCGCUAAGAUUACCGGCAAGAACCCGGCGUACGGAGCCACCGUGGUGUCGGUGCUGCUGUGUGCACACACCCUGCUCACCGAGAGACAACACCUGCCCGCACCUGGGGGGGUGAUGUCACCUGGCUCGGCCUUCAAGAACACCACACUCAUACAGAAACUGACCGACAACGAUCUGAAGUAUGAAAUUAUUAGCAAGUAAUACUUAGUUUAGCCUAGAUUAGCUUUAGUUAUUAAGUUUUUGCUAAGUAGUGGAAUUUGCACAAUUAGAUACUAAUUAUGAUAAGUAAAAGUUUUUGUAAAUAGUAAUAAUAGUCAAUUUACAUAUGAAUAUUAAUAUACAUUUUAAGUAAAGCAUAAGUAGUUAAUGUAAGUGUGUGUAAUGUACAAAAUACCAAGCAUCAUAACGUUCAAAACUUAAUGUACAAACAUGGACAUCUAUUAAUUUAAUUAAGAUACGCAAACCCCCUGUCUAUUGUUCGGAGAAAUAUAAUAAUAUAAUAAUAAUAUAAACUUUAUUGUACACCUUUUACAAUUUAGACAAAUAAAUACAAGUAGCGCUAAGUGGAUGGUAGGGUACAAAGGCGGCCUUAUCGCUUACAGCGAUCUCUUCCAGGCAACCUUUGGGUGGACGGAGAUGGUGAAUGUUAGUGGAGGUGGUUCUGGGUGUACUUACAUAUAAAUGAAUAUACAAUUACAUACAUACACAAAUACAUACAUAUACAUACAUUCAUACAUACCUACCUACAUACAUACAUACAUAUAGACAUAUAUACACAAGAAAUAAUAAUUAUGUUACAUAUGACAAGAAGAUGUGAUAGCAGAAAGAAAACGACUGCGACUGAAGGAAAUAAUGACGCUGUGUUACAGCUUGGAAAGAUAGUGAUCCUUCACGAGCACCUUAAACGAAGCGAGCGACUGUGCCUGCCUCACCAAAAGCGGUAGCGCAUUCCACAGCCGCACGGCUCGAACCGUAAAAGAUUGGUCAAAGGCUCUGCUUUCAUGUUGAGGCAUCUCAAGCUUGAGUCUCUCCGAUGACCGUACUGGUCUAGAAUGUGUGUCAUGACAGAACCUGAAACGUUCCUUGAGGUAAUGGGGGGUAGCAGGAUUGAACAGUAUAUUGUAUAGAAGAGAUAAGAUAUGAGUAUUCCGGCGAAGGCGAAUCGGCAGCCACUUGAGUUUCGUGCGAUAUUCGGAAAUGUGGUCAUAUUUGCGUAAUCCAAAUAUGAACCUUAUACUAAAAUUUUGAAGUCGCUCAAGUUUAUCUAACUGCGCUUCGGUAAGAUCCGGAUAGCUGACAUCGGCAUAAUCGAGAAUAGGAAGGAGAAGUGAUUGAGCUAGCGCAAUUUUAGUAGCAGUUGGAAGAAAGUUACGAAGUCUGCACAUAGACUUCGCAGAUGCAAACAUUUUUCGACUGACUUGUCCUAGUUGAGGUCCCCAGGAAAAGUCUUGGUCCAAAACAAUACCCAAGUCCUUUACAGUACCACUAUAUGGUAUUGUAGCACCGUCGAAAACUAUGGGUGGCAUCUGUGUCCACGCAAUCUUGCAUCGUAAACGAGGGCUACCGACAACAAUGACCUGGGUCUUCGUGGGAUUCACCUUUAGGCCGUAGGCCGUACUCCAUUCAGAUAUACGAGCCAAGUCAGUGUUAACCAUCUUGACUGCUUCGGAAAAUUCAUCAGGAGGUGCUUGUGAGUAAAUUUGCAGGUCGUCGGCAUACAGGUGGUAGGAAGAGAGAAGUUCAUUAGAGAUAGAAUUUAUAAAAAUUGCGAAGAGUAAAGGAGAAAGAACGCCCCCUGUGGUACGCCAGCAGCCGUAUCAGACCAGGAAGAGUAUGAACCCUCAACGGCAACACGCUGCCGGCGGCCACACAGGUAUAACUACGAAAGAAAUCAAUCACAGUUGGAGAUAUGUUGAGAGAGCUCAGUAUUCCAAGCAGUAUGUCGAAAUCGACGGUAUUAAAGGCAUUGCUAAAAUCUAGCAACGUGAGGAGAGUUAAAUUACCAUUUUCAAUACCAGAUCGUAUGUCGUCGGUGAUGUGGACUAGAGCCGUAGUGGUACUAGUGAAACAUAGUGAUUAGGUAUAGUGGUUUUGCAAAAUAAACGUUAAUGUCGUUCAAAAGGAUUCAAUUUACAGUGAAACAUGUGUACAACUUUCUUUAUAACAUCAUGAAUAUUGGUCCUAUGAAAUUUCAUAGAAUCUUUUAUUCAAGUCUUUACGUGUAUAAUAUCUGUUAAAUUAAAGUUAGUGCUGCCAUCUAGGAUCAUUAAUCUACCACUGAACUAAUAUGAUCCCACUGUUCUUGAAAAUUGUUCGACUUUAUCAAUAGAUGUCGUUAGUAACAUGACUGUGUAUCUUCUUUGUAAAAGUUGAUUUUGGGUAUAUUGACAAAAGAUGGCGCUGAAUGUAUGCUGUGAUAUUAUGGCCAGUUUGAUUUUACAUGCUUUUAUUUGCAUUUGUAUAAAGUAUUUUGUUUAGUGUAAUAAUUUAACAUAUUAUGUUUCUCUAAGUAAAUAUCUUUGAUGUGAUAUUGUUACAUGUUUUGUUAAUAAAUGUUAAAUAUUUACCAUAA